AUGAAAGAAGUAUUAUUGAAAUCUGUGUUAAUUUUUGCUAUAUGCUUGGUUGGUACAAUUAAAGGUAGUCCUAGCGGUAAAUUUAGGAGAAGGCGGUUUGAUAGGUACAGUCCAUCGUUAGAUGAAAUCCAGGCGGAUGCUGCUACUGCUAAGACACAUACCUGGACUUCAUCGGUUGAAGGUCGUGUAUUCAAGAGAUUUUAUAUAAUUUGGCUGGAAAAUGCUGACUACGACAAGGCCGCUGAAGAAGAGAGUAUUCUGUCGCUGAGAAAACACGGUAUUAGUUUGACUAAUUACUGGGGCCUAACUCACCCUUCGCAGCCCAACUAUAUUGCAGCAGCAGGUGGUGAUUAUUUUGGUGCCAACAGUGAUUCAUUUCUCAGGUUACCUGCCAAUGUCUCGACGGUUGUCGAUUUAUUGGCUACGAAGAAUAUUUCGUGGGCAGAAUAUCAGGAAUCCAUGCCAUACUCUGGCUUCCAAGGCUACAAUUUCUCAAAUCAGGAGACUUACGCAAACGACUACGUUCGUAAACAUAACCCUUUGGUGACGUACGACUCUGUUACCAGCAGACCUGAGCUUUUGGGUCACAUGAAGAACUUUACAGCGUUUUACCGCGAUUUAGAGCAGCAAACUUUGCCUCAAUUUGCUUAUAUUACUCCAAAUAUGACCAACUGUGGGCAUGAUACCACAAUUCAGUUUGCUGGCAGCUGGACUAAGGAGUUCCUUGAGCCAUUGUUAGAGAAUGAGUACUUUAUGAAAGAUACUUUAGUGCUGUUGACUUUUGAUGAAAACGAUACCUACGCUACUCCAAACAGAGUGUUUUCUUUACUACUGGGAGGUGCAAUUCCUGAGAAAUUAAGGGGAACUGUAGAUGACACAUACUACGAUCACUACAGUCAGCUUUCCACUGUCGAAGCAAAUUGGGACUUGCCUUCGCUAGGUAGAAACGAUGUGUACGCAAAUGUUUUUGAAUUUGCUGCUGAAAAGUGUUUGAUUGAUAACAGUGUAGUGGAUACUACAAAUAUGUAUAGCAACGUCAGCUAUGUUGGAUACUUCUCCAACAGAGAAGAAAAAUUGCCUAUUCCUGACAUUGAGAGUAUUAACAUGAAUGGAAAAGGUGUUUUAAAGUCCAUAAAAGACACAUGGGCCGAAGCGUAUUGGCAAGAAGCAGUACACUUCUACUCUGGAGAGGUUAAUACAUAG